UUUUCUGUUCUUUCCUCUUAUAUACGUUGAAUUCCUCCCAUCCGCCAUGUUCGCUAGUUUCUAGGGCAAUUUUAUAUUACCUGAUAGGUGUUAUCAGGGGAGCAGAUAACGUAGUUCUAAUGUAUUGUGCAGUUUGUGUAUGUACAACAUAUACAGUCUAUAAAUAUAAAAUGGUGUUGUCGGUACGUCUGUGAUGCGUGAUUAACAUUUUGAGGCAGAAAAAAAAACAGAAAAUACACGAAAUUACGUAAAACUAUGAGCGAGUCCGAGAAAUCAGAGUGCGAGAAAGGCCACGACAUCGGGAUAAAGUUGCUGAAGAAUCAUCGAGAUAAGAUCACGUACGGAGGAAAGUAUCUGGAUCGAUAUAGGGAUACGUUCAAGAAACAGAUGGAGGAUACGAGGAAGGUUAACAUGUAUACGCCGAACGGAAGAAGGACUCCUCCGCAGAUGGGGUUGAAUCCUGUUACUGUUGCUACUACUACGGUUACGAGCAAGAAGAAGGUGCAGGCGACGAGGGUUUCAGGAAAUCAGCAGAAUGCCACUCACGAGCUGAAUAACAGUAACGGCAAGCUGACCAAUUUCCGGCAGCUGAACCGAGACAAGGUCGACGUCAACCUGAUCUUCAACGACGUGCCCAGUCUGAACCCAAUUCAAGAUUUGAUAGCCAACUGCGAGAACGACAUCAAGCGCACCAACAAUCUGAACAAGUUCGAAAAGAUGCUAGAGAACGCCAAGAAGAGUGCAAAGGUGCCGGAGAGCGUCGAGGCUGCUGCAACAAAGCCCAAGAAGAUUGGCUUCAAGACGACUACGACAGACAACGGUGGUCCAUUGAGCAAUUUCGCCGGUGUUUCCAACUUCAUGAAGCCCGGUGUAAGCGAUCUGGAGGCGGACACAACGCCCAUCGACUUCGUGCGAAACAACCAGAUGCGGUCCAGCGCCGGCGAAAGAGUCAUCCUGCAAAAGACCAACAACCAUAAACCACUUUCUCGCACCGUUUCCGAUGCCCACGAAAACAACAGCGACUCUAUACCAGUAAGGCGGCAAGCCAUCAGGCGACCAGCUAGAAACAAGAGUGGCAAUGAGGGUUCAGAGACGACGAGGAUCAGCACCGGCCCGCACAGGGUCAAAACUAGGGCCGGAGAGGAACCAACCAUUGGAAAAUACAAGUUGCUCAAGACCAUCGGCAAAGGAAACUUCGCCAAAGUCAAACUGGCGAAGCACGUUCCCACUGGCAAAGAGGUCGCCAUUAAGAUAAUAGACAAAACUCAACUAAAUCCUGGAUCCCUACAAAAACUCUUUAGAGAAGUUAGAAUAAUGAAAAUGCUGGACCAUCCGAACAUUGUGAAACUGUUUCAAGUAAUUGAAACCGAGAAAACUCUGUACCUGGUAAUGGAGUACGCAUCCGGAGGCGAAGUGUUCGACUAUCUGGUGCUUCACGGGCGAAUGAAGGAGAAAGAAGCGCGUGCCAAAUUUAGGCAAAUUGUUUCCGCUGUACAGUAUUGUCAUCAGAAAAAAAUUAUUCACAGAGAUUUGAAGGCUGAAAAUUUAUUGUUGGACAGUGAAAUGAAUAUAAAAAUAGCAGACUUUGGAUUCUCGAAUGAGUUUACGCCUGGAAAUAAAUUAGACACGUUUUGUGGUAGUCCCCCCUAUGCAGCUCCAGAAUUGUUCCAGGGUAAAAAAUAUGAUGGACCUGAGGUGGACGUGUGGUCGCUAGGAGUAAUUCUUUAUACGUUAGUAUCGGGCAGUUUGCCGUUUGAUGGUUCGACACUGCGCGAACUUAGGGAGCGUGUCCUCAGGGGAAAAUACCGAAUCCCAUUUUACAUGUCAACCGACUGUGAGAACUUGCUCAAGAAGUUCUUGGUGCUAACUCCGACAAAGCGAGCGUCCCUUGAGUCAAUUAUGAAGGACAAGUGGAUGAAUAUGGGGUACGUUGGAUACGAAAACGACGAGCUGAAGCCUUACAUUGAGCCAGAGCAGGAUAUGUCCGAUCAGAAGCGCAUCGAAGCGCUCGUCUGUCUCGGAUACAACAGGACGGACAUCGAGAACUCCCUGGAUACUCCGAAGUACGAUGACGUGUUCGCAACGUACAUACUGCUGGGCAGGAAGAGCACCGACCCGGAGAGCGACGGCAGCAGGAGCGGAAGUUCAUUAUCCUUGCGGAACAUUACCGGCCAGCAGGCGGUUGGAGCUGUUCAACCUUCCGCCCAGAGCCCGUCACACCGAGGAGUACAUCGUUCUAUUUCAGCUACAAAUGCUAAACCAAAUAGAAGAGCUUCUAGUGGAGGACCUCAAAGUAAUCAAGUGGCUGUACCACAAACCAACAAUCAUGGAUCUGGUUUCAAGCGACAGAACACAAUCGAUAGUGCGACAAUAAAAGAGAACAGUGCAAGAACCAAUACCAGACCGGCGACCGCCCAAGCUAAAUCAACCGCUGAAAACAGUGUUCAAAGUCCAGGUAAGCCUCGCACUGUCGUUAAGAGCAACACCGUUACCGCAAAACCUCUAACUUCAGGAGGAUCGGUCGGCAGACGUUCCACUAUCAGUUACGAUGGCAAGUCGAACUCGAUGGAGAAGACGAACAUGGCACCAGAUCAAAUACCAAUGGGGUUAGGUAGUACUGGGGAUAGUUUGCGUCCUGGAAAGGGACACGUAAAAUCUGCGUCGGUCAGUAGUAGUGGUGGUCCUGAAACCACGCCGGACCCGUUGAGAACUAGUCGGACCAGCGCAUCUCCUGCGACAUCUAGAGGACUCGCCUUCCCCAGGAACACUUCUUCACGUAGCACUUUCCAUUCCGGUCAGACGAGACCCAGAGCGAACUACGUGUCACAGUCCCAACAUACCUCAUUCUUUUCGAAACUCAGUUCAAAAUUCUCCAAGCGGGCAUUAGAGCCUGGCCAAGCCACUAAACAAGGCAAUUCUCCUGUACCUAUAAGCGGUGUCGUUAGCAAUCAGAACGACGAUCAAGUAAAGCCCAGAUCGUUGCGGUUCACUUGGUCUAUGAAAACAACAUCAAGCCGAACGCCAAAGGAAAUAGUCACCGAAAUAUGUAAAGUUUUAGAUGCGAACAACUGUGACUACGAGCAGAGGGAACGGUUCUUGCUGCUCUGCGUUCACGGCGAUCCGAACACGGACAGUUUGGUGCAAUUCGAAAUUGAAGUUUGCAAGUUACCUCGCCUCUCACUUAACGGAGUCCGGUUUAAAAGAAUUUCAGGUACUAGUAUUGGUUUUAAGAAUAUUGCCAGUAAGAUAGCGAACGAACUGAACCUGUGACUGCCUGCCUGUACGGACGACUGCACAGACCCGGCGUAAACUACAAUUCAACAUGAAUAUAAGUUUUAAAAAAGAAUAUACUAAAAAAAACAAUAUAAAGAUUUCACUCUUUUUACAAGGUACUAGACACUUGCGCCCGGGUUAUCCGAGUCUGUACGUACAUAAAUACAUACAACACACACACACACACUUAAGGAAAGAAAAAAAAAGCGUUUGAACAUUUGAAAACAUACAAAAAUCAACAAAAAAAAAUCAACCCUAACAUUAAAAAAAAUUUAAAGAAAAUGUAAAAGUCGGUGUCCGUGCGGAACGCGCCGCCUCGGAACGACACAGCAACAACAACAAACAAUAUGAUGAUCUAUAUAUAUAUAUAUAUAAAAAA